UUGUUGGAAGCAAGACGCUUUCCACAGGAACAGGAAACGUUGUGAAUUGACAGCAACAAUCGAGCAGAGACACCGACGACGAAAACAAAAACAUAGACGGCGAAACCCAGAUACAUUCAUUCAAGUGGCAUUUUAACUUCUGUGAUGGCAAUCACAGGAGACCAGGCAAACUUGGAUGACCUUCUCGGGUUGGAGUUUGAUGACGGCCUGAAUGGAUCAUCCGAGGAGCAGCUAUUUGACUACGUCAGUACGCUCAUUGAUUCGUGGCACUCCGAACAGGAUGUGCUCAGCUUGUUUCAAGAAGAGGACAACAUAGAGACUCACUGUCCCUCCUAUUCCCCAACGGGCAGCGACAGCGGCAUCUCCGAUUCCAGCAGCACCGGCCGCAUCGACAAUGGCACUCCCGCGGGUUGCGCGAGCCCCGGGGGCGGCGACCUCGACGUCUUGUGCAGUCGCACCUACUCCAACUCGAGCCCAGUGUGCUCUGAGCCCGCCUUAGUUGCCGAGGAGCUGCAAGCAGAGAACCCGGAAGCCUUGCAAGUCCACGCGGAUCAUAGCUACUCGUUGCUCAGGGGCAGAUGUGAAGACACGGAUGCCCUGCAGAGCGUGUGGGCCGAGAAGCCUGACAUGGAUGUCUUCAUCGAUCUGGAUAAUCUGGUGACUGAGGAAAUGGAGGAGGACUUUGCCUGUGACUAUGCCAGUGAGCUGCCUUGUACACUGGCCAUCGAGGACUCGCCGCUGGACACCGUGCAGCACGACUUCACGGAACAGUUCCAGUUCAAGGAGAUUGUGCUCUCUGAGGAGGAGAAACGGCUUUUGGCCAAAGAGGGAGCAACUAUUCCCACCCAAAUGCCUCUUACGAAGGCUGAGGAGAGGACCCUGAAGAGGGUUCGGAGGAAGAUCCGCAACAAGCAGUCGGCUCAAGAGAGUCGCAAGAAGAAGAAGGUGUACGUAGACGGCUUAGAGAGCAGAGUCGCCGUCUGCACCGCGCACAACGUGGAGCUGCAGAAGAAAGUCCAAAUGCUGCAAAAACAGAACAUAUCUUUAAUCGAGCAGCUGAGGAAACUGCAGGCCGUGGUGAAGAUGUCCACCUUGAAGGCCAGCACGACCAGCACGUGCGUCAUGGUGUUCCUGCUCUCCUUUUGUCUGAUUGUCUUCCCGUCGGUUAACCCCUUUGGCAACAACACGGAGAAGAAGGAACUCUACCUUCCUUCGUCCAUCAUUUCCCGAACUUUGCGCUCGCUGCCGUCAGAGAGCACCGACGCCUUGGCCUACUUAGAACCCGAAGAUGACGAGCCAGACCAUCACCUGCUUCCUCAAGCUGAACUGGAGAACAUCGACGUCAUCUUCGCCGGCGGUAAGAACAACAACACCCCGGACUACCAGCGCGUGGAGCAGCCCGACUCGGAGACGGCCGUCAACGGCAACUCUUCGGCCGACUACCCCGCCGCCCCGCAGGCGGCGGAAGUGACGCCGGGUGCCGGGGAGUUACAGGAAGGUUCCUUAGAUUCCGUAGUGGUGGCCGCUGUGGCGUAUGAGGUCCCCGGGUCUAAGGGGAACUGGAUAGACCGCAACCCUCCGUCCGUUAUAUUACAGCAGCACCGUUCGGAUGAGAUGUAGCGCGGUUACGUACGCAGCGCCUCCAGAGGUAUUCACGGCGAUUGACUUUUCCCACACUUUAUGUCGUGACAAACAUUUCUACAAGGCUCUCGGACCGUCACGUGUGUCGAAGUUUCAGAAAAAGAAAUUGUGGGAUGCGGCUGCAAUAUGUGGGGGAAAAAGCGAACGCUGUGAAUACUUUUCCGAUGCACUAUAGGGGAGACAUGAAUUUUAUUUGUACCACAAGGAACAGGGAAGCUGAAGCAGGGUAUAUGCAGUCACACAUUGAAUAACCCCGCCCACUAUUUGAAUGGUUAAUGGUCUGUCCUUUAUAUAGCCGCUUUUCUACCUCGGGCACUCAAAGCGAUUGACACCGUUACCUCGUUCACCUACCGAUGAAG